AAUACAAGAUAUUUGAUGACACUAUGUUUCUUAAUUUCGUCAGUGAGAGGAACAAUGCCAAGGACAUCGACUUCCAGGAUGUGAUCAAACUACCUCUUCUUCUCUGACACAGUAUAAAUAGGAGGGAUUUUAGAGAGAACCUGGUCAGAAGAGAAGCACUGUUUCUCACACAGUAACUCUACCUGAGAGCAGACUAUUUAUACUCCAUCACCCCUUUACAUCUAGGGUCAAGUGCAACUCCAUCAAAGUCAGGACCCCAAAAGAAUAAUCAUCAUCAUCAAGAAAAGCUUGCUUUCAUCUCAUCGGUCUUAAAACAUCAGAAGUGUUUAAACCAUGACUUCGGCUCUCACUUGGAUAUUUCCACUUGGUGUUCUGUUUGUCCUGGUCGUUCACUGCCACUGCAUGUUUCUGCCCAACUCCACCUUCUUAGAGGAUCUUCUGAUCAGAUACAAUGAUGAGAUACCACAUUCCAGAAGCAGGCGAGCCAUUGCUAGGUCAGACAGAGAGGAGAUACUGCAACUUCACAACAAGCUCAGAGGACAGGUUCACCCGUCUGCAUCCAACAUGGAGUACAUGACAUGGGAUGACGAGCUGGAGAAAUCUUCUGAGGCCUGGGCGCAAGAGUGCAUCUGGGAGCAUGGCCCAGCCAGUCUGCUUAUGUCAAUUGGGCAAAACCUUGCUGUACACUGGGGAAGGUAUAGGUCUCCAGCAUUUCAUGUCCAGUCAUGGUAUGAUGAAGUUAAAGACUACACAUAUCCUUACCCACAUGAGUGUAAACCCUAUUGCCCAGAGAGGUGCUCCGGACCCAUGUGUACUCACUAUACCCAGAUUGUUUGGGCCACUACGACCAAAGUAGGCUGCGCAGUGAAUGUGUGCAAACGGAUGAACGUAUGGGGCGAGAUAUGGGAGAACGCAGUUUACCUGGUCUGCAAUUAUUCUCCAAAGGGUAACUGGAUUGGAGAAGCUCCUUACAAGAAUGGGAGACCUUGCUCAGAAUGUCCACCAAGCUACGGCGGAAACUGCAAGAACAAUCUCUGUUACAAAGGAGACAAACGCAGUGGAACGUUGGAAACAGAUGAAGCAAAUGAAGUGGAAUCUCCUCGGGUGCCAGAGGAAACGCAUGUUUGGGUCCAUGAGAAAAUCAACAAACCGAAAGUUGUGCCAAAAACUACACAACCAUCCACAGAAAGCUUAAUGACUCAAGUGAUUAAGUGUGAAACGAAAAUGAGAGACAAAUGCAAAGGAUCCACCUGCAACAGAUAUCUGUGUCCUGCAGGCUGUGCAAAUAAGAAGGCUAAAGUCUUUGGAACCCUUUUUUAUGACAGUAUGUCCAGCUUAUGCAGAGCAGCUAUUCACUUUGGAGUUAUCGAUAACAACGGUGGAUUAGUUGAUAUAACAAGGAAUGGGAGGUUACCUUUCUUUGUUAAGUCCACCAGGAAUGGUGUUGAAUCUUUAAGUAAAUUUAAGCCAGCUAAUACAUUCACAGUUUCAAAAGUUUCCGUUCAAACUCUCGAUUGUUACUCAACAGUAGCAGACACUUGUCCAUUUAAAAAGCCAGCUGCACAUUGCCCCAGAUUUUACUGUCCCGCGCACUGUAAGAAUGAGCCUUCAUACUGGGCAACAGUAAUUGGCACCAACAUUUAUGCAGAUAGUUCAAGUAUCUGUAAAACUGCCGUGCAUGCCGGGGUGAUCAAGGAUGAAGAAGGAGGUUAUGUGGACGUUUUGCCAGUCGAUAAGAAAAACCAUUAUUUUAGCUCCAACAAAAAUGGAAUCAUUUCAGAAAGCUUCAAGAACCGCAAGGAGGGAAAAGCUUUCAGGAUCUUUGCAGUGAAACAAUAAUUAAAACAAAUUUAAAUGGACAGUAUCACAACCGUGAGCAGCUUUCGGAGGACUCUGAGAAGACCAUAAACGUUCCCUCUACCCACUUGAAAGGACAAUGCCCAUCAAAGGCUUUCUUCACCUUCCCUCUCCACCAUCACUUUCAAUGCUGCUAGGAAGCAUAAUCAAAUUCCAUAAGGCGCAUAAACCCUUGACUUUAAUGACCCAACAAAAGAUGAUUUGAAUUUGGCAAUAUUCAGAGAGCUUAUUGCUCAUUUUAAAUUAGUUUAAGGCAAAGUGGUCUCAGCAGGCCCAAAAGUACAAGCACGAGCCUUUAAUUACAGUUUGGUGAAUGAAAAGAUUAUUUAAAAGCUCAUAAUGUGCUUCAUAUGUCAGACUGAUACCUAGUAAUACGUAGCUUGUGUAGGGGUAAAUCUACAAAUUAUUCUUUGCCAGUCAAAGCCCGAAGAUCUAUUGUUUACCACUCUGUGCCUUAGAUGACAGAAAUGGGUAGUUAUAUAGAAUUAUUUCAAUUGAGUGUUUUGUAUGAAUAUUGUUCUGUUUGUAUAAUUGCCAGUUUAGGCUUUGCCUCUAGGUAUUGUACAUAAUCGCCUUUUUAAGUUUUGUAUUUUCUUUUUUUAGAUUAAGGUUUUUUUUAUACACAGCAGUGCUGGUUGAUUAAUAAUGUUCCUAUUUUGUUAUUCAGAGGAUUAAUAUUAGCCUCUAUAAUAUAUGGUAUGUGUACAUAGGAAUUUAUCUAUUUUUUGUUUUAUACCAUAUGAUAUUCUCUGUAAAUAGUUGCUUCUAUGUACACUCACACAACCCUCUAUAGUCUAUAGCGUAGUUCAUCCCCAGUAGGUAAACAGUGAAAUGUUUGAACAGAAAGACUGCAACAUUUAUACAGGAGCUUAGUCAAAUGGUAAACAUGCAUGCACUUAUUUCCUUUACUGAAGCAUGAGUACAUUUAAUUGAAAGCACAAGGCAUGUCUGUUAAAUAUUUAAUUUGGGUCUCUACUGGUCUGAUUUAUUCAGGUACUGAUUUUGGUGCUGGCUUUAAAUAUCACCAAAUGUCAUUAAUAGGAAAGGCAGAAAUGAUUCUUGACUUUUACAGCUGGGAUCUACCUAUUUCUAAUUUCUUACAGAUACAUGAGAUAAGGACACGUGUAAGGCAGGCUAAGCCUAUAACAUAACUUUGGAUGAAAUAGGAUUAUUUGGAACUUGUAGUUACAGUUGUAUGAGGGGACACCAAUAUGUAGUUGCACAGCUAGGUGUUCUUUUAAUUUCUCCCAAUCAGAAGUGAAACUGCAGAGAUUCCAAACAAAAUAAUCAAUUGUCCACUGUAUCAUCAAAGUAGCUUGCCAUGAAGGACUACCUUGUCUCAUGUAAGAAGCAAUCUUUGGCAAAGCGUGCCAAUGGGAAGAGACUCCUUCGCCACAUCAUGCCACUUCCCAUCAGCCAUCACUAACAGCAGCUGAUAAAAACAGGCAACAUCUUGCGAGAUGUGUCUCAGAUGCCUAGGCACAUGACAGAAUAUCUAUGGAAGACCCUGCAGUCUCACAGAAUCUUCUAUAGACCCUACUUUGUGCAAUCCUGGAUGCCCUAGAAUAUGGAGUUGACAAAGCUCCUGGCAGUGGAAGCUGCUGGUGUAGUAAGGAGAAGAUAGUGCCACUGACAACAUGCUUUUAUCAUCAUUGCCAUAAGAAAUUAUUGUUGUUUUUGCUAGGUUUUAUUUUGGUUAUUGUGCCAAUAGCAAGGUGAUAUAUCGGCCUUAAACCUGCAUUUAAUUUAGUGUUUUGAAAAUGUAAAAGGCUGUAAUAAACUUCUGGCUCACAUAAAUCCAAAAAGCUUUAAAGGAAAACAAUUGUGUCAUGAAUACAAACAUGUAUUCCUGACACUAAAGUGCAUGUGUGGCUGUUUAGGGCCACAGCUCCACACGGUUCACUUUGAAAAGGUAAUUCUACUCACCUUUUCUAAAUCGUCGUGGCUGGCCCUGUCUCUACGAUUGAGAUCAACUUUGAGGAUCUCAGCCAAUAGGAAAGCAUUGUGAGGCUAUUAUUGGGCAUGAGCAGCAAAACGCCACACUGCGUCAAUCAGCAUCCCUCGUGGAGAUGCUUUGAAUCAAUACAUUUUUGAAUGUUCAGCACUGACCUAGGAAGCACCUCUAGUGAUCGUCUGAGUGACAGCCACUAGAGGUCUUACUAGGCAGCAAUGUAAACACUGACUUUUCUCUGAAAAGGCAGUGUUUACAUUGAAAAGUUUGCAGGGACAGGCUACAUUAAGCUGCAGUGGUCCUGGUGACUAUAGUAUCCCUUUAAACUGCUUAGACAUCUUAUUUUGGAGUAAAGUUGAGCGUUUUUUUUUGUUUUGUUUUUUACUGGUGGAAAACCAUUAUUUUCCUCAUUAGCAUUUAAACAGAUUCAAUAAAAUAGUACAGAUAUUUGACACUAAGGUGACAUUUCCAAAGUUUUGUAACCAAUGAAUCAAAGCCCUCCCCCUCUCCUUUUGUUAUUAGUGUCACAAUACAUAUUUUAAUGACGUUCUCUGAGUGCAGAACUGUUUGUGGUCUGUUCCUGCUAAUAUGUCUAUGAACCACAAACCAGGAAAAUAAUAAAUUAUACUCAGCAUGCCCAGGCUUGUAAUGUACAUUCCAAAUAUGACACAAUGAGACUUUAAGAUCAAGAUUAUAUUUUCUUUUCAUGUUGGUACCUAGAAAAGGAUACAGCCAAGGAUGUACAAAUAUGUACAAAUAUUUGCAAGGUAAAAAACCUGCUAACCAGAUUUAGUAUAAUACUUAUAGGGGCCAUUGACCAGAUAAAUCUAAUGAGAACUGUAUACAAUACCAUUAUUUUAGCAUGGUGCUGAUAUGUAGAUCCGUUCCUCACUCCUUACCUAACCCCUGCAUAUGAAAUCUACAAAUUUAUGUUAUAGGCUGCAUAAUUGUUUCUACGUCAGACCAUUUUUAGAGUCACGUUGUCAAGAUAUUCAAGGGACUAACAUUAAAAGGAAGCCGAGUGAGGAUGCUUAAAAAACUAGGGUUACUGAUGACGUCCCACUUAAAGCUGCUGACAGUGUAGAUCCUCAUUUACAAAACGUAUUUGUAUUUGUAUAUUUUUUUCAAGCCAAAUUGUGAAUGGGGUUUUACUAAUAGACUGAGAGCAUCAGCUGACCACUCUCAGCCUAUCAAUGUCACCAAGUCGAAGGUUUCCUGUUGCAAGCUUUGGACUCUAAAGGAAGUGGAGGGGGCUUAGCUGAAUAACACUGGACAUAAGUCCUUGGGCUUAAAGCAUUCAAUCAACUUCAUUCUGAUUUAGUUGUUAUGGUGCCUGGUUACUCUGUUAAAGGUAAUGCUACUAUGCACUGUAUUCACAUUGUAAACACCAUCUGGGGGUAAAAUACUGCUAAACAUUGAAUUUGUCGAUCUGACAACAUGUCUUAAACUUGAGAAUUUUCCCCAAAUUUUUUAGUAUGCAGAGAUACAGAACACACCUGCUCAAAAUGUGUUGCUCUUGAGUUAUUCUUCAAUAAUUCUUUGGCAGUGUACAAAAUUGAAUUGUUUCACUUCAUAUCUGCCUCAGAGAGGAUCAUCAGAGAUGUAGUGACCCAAAUCUCCUACUUUUGUGCUAUAUCGCAGGCACUGAAUUGUUAGCGAUCAUGUUGGCUACCUCAGCCUGCCAUUUGGGUUUUUGCUUUUUUUUCUAUGAAAAGAGUCAUUAUUUGCAAUUUUAUCUGUACAAAUGUUCAGUGUAAAUAAUUAUAUAUUAUAUUCACAUAUUGGUAGCAUGUAUUCAUAACCCUCCCGUGCCAUAAUUACAAAUUAAGUACAAGUGUAUAUUAUCUUUGUCAUUGUGUCCAAAACAAAAAAUUAAAGAGGAUAUAAAAAUAA